CAGACUCCCUUCUGGGGCCAGUGACUAGCCAUUCCUUUAACAUGAUAUGAUGGAUCAGUCCAUCCUGGCGUCCUGUUCCUACCCUCUAGCUAGAGGUACAAACACAGCCAAAAUAUGAGUAGGUGGCUGUGUAAUUUCAUUUCAAAAAGGGUGAUUGCCAGUGGCUACCGAGCAAUGAGUCCCUGUCCAUUGUGGCCAGGGCUAGACUCACUGAAGAGCCCAUUGCAAAGAACUGCACCAAUCUGGAAGCAGUGGGUACCCUAGGAACAACUUCAGGUCCAGCAAACAUACCCUUGAUGCCCGGGUACCCAGAGGGCGAGAGGGUGGUGCCACUUGCAGCGCAGCCCACGUCCAGAUUCAAAAUAGGCCAGAUGGCUACACACUGUACCAAAGCCAAGUAUAAACUCUACUAUUUUGUUUUGUUUUUUUGAGACAGGGUUUUUCUGUGUAGCCUUGGCUGUCCUGGAACUCACUCUGUAGACCAGGCUGGCCUCAGAGAUCCUCCUGCCUCUGCCUCCAAGUGCUGGGCUUAAAGGCCUGUGACACCAGUCAGGCAAGUUUCACUAUUUAUAGUAGGGCAUAUUGCAACCAACAGAAGUCAUAGAUGGGUGCCAUUCCAGUUGUAAGAGCCCCGUGAGGUUAUAGAAAUUCUUGGUGGACUGGAGCCCUGCACAGCUGAGAGGUACAUGUGGCAGAACCGGCCCAGCACUGCCCCUCCAAGAACAAGGAGCAGAGAAACUAUGAGUGCCCUUACAGCCUGAGAGCCAGGGGCACUGCAUCAGGAGAGUCGGGGCACUGGGCGGUGGAAUGCAGCCUGAAGUGACCCUAUCUAGGUGCCAUUUCCCAAACAAAAGACAUUUGGGGACCUUUUGCCUGCACCCUCUGAACCAUCCCCAGGGGUCCAGCCUAGACACGGCAGAGACUGAGAGCUGAGUCAGGGGCGGUUCUCCUGUAGCUGAAGUCGCUCUUCUGCUCCAAACCACCUUCCAACAAAACAGAGGAAGAAGCAGGGGACUAGGAGGGAUGCCCAGCUCAGAAUGGCCUCUUUCCGGUGCCAUUCCCUCCGGAGAUACCAUGAGGAGAAGAAGAAACUGCGGCGCCCCCGACUAGCGCCAUUUUGAAGACUCGUAAUCUUUUCCUUUCCAACUUGAAAUACAAAGUUAACCGAGAGAAGACAAGAUGGCGCAUACGCAGAAGGGACAGAGACGGGCGGAGGGAUAAGGCUUUCUUUCAGAACUGAUAGCAUAAACAAAAGCGCGCAAGUCCGAGCCGCGCAGGCGUAAAGCUCUGACACGCUUUAAAAUUCGAACGUCAAGGCGCGUACAAAAUCCAGUCCGAGAUGUAUCUCAGGUUCCAGAAGCAGGGUGGCGUAAGAAGGGGCGGUGCUGCCGUGUCCCGGGGGAGAAUGAGGCGGAGCGAACGGAGCGCGCGUGCGCGGCCUGGGUCAAUGGCGGGCGGGCAAGCCUGGCGGAAGCAAUAGUUCCAACAUGGCCGGUGAGGCGGACGGACCGUUCAAACGAGUGCUGGUGCCAGUUCUCUUACCUGAGAAAUGCUAUGACCAACUUUUCGUCCACUGGGACUUCCUUCAUGUUCCCUGCCUCAAGAUUCUCCUCAGCAAAGGCCUUGGACUGGGCAUCGUGGCUGGAUCACUUCUGGCUGCCCCAGAUAUUUAAAAUCUUGGGCGCCAAGAGUGCCGAAGGACUGAGUCUCCAGUCAGUAAUGCUGGAGCUGGUAGCAUUGACAGGAACUGUGAUCUACAGCAUCACCAACAACUUCCCCUUCAGCUCUUGGGGUGAAGCGCUGUUCCUGACACUACAGACAAUUACCAUCUGCUUCCUGGUCCUGCACUACAGAGGAGACACUGUGAAAGGAGUUGCUUUACUUGCCUGCUAUGCGACACUCCUGCUGGCUCUGCUUUCUCCACUCACGCCUCUGGCUGUAGUCACCAUGCUCCAGGCCUCCAAUGUACCUGCUGUGGUGGUGGGCAAGUUGCUCCAGGCAGCCACCAACUACCACAACGGGCACACAGGCCAGCUUUCAGCUAUCACAGUGUUUAUGCUGUUUGGGGGCUCCUUGGCCAGAAUCUUCACUUCUGUUCAGGAAACUGGAGACCCCCUCAUGGCUGGAGUCUUUGUGGUCUCUUCCCUCUGCAAUGGCCUCAUUGCCGCCCAGGUCCUCUUCUACUGGAAUGCAAAGCCUCCCCACAAACAUAAAAAGGAGCAAUAGUGCUGAGCUAGCUUCUAGAAUCAUUCAUUCCACUUCCAUUCAGCCACUCAACUUGAGGGUCUUCCCCACUUGACGUGGUCUGCUGGUGCAACUCAGUCGUCCUCCAUUCCUGCAUAACUGCAACCUCCUGAGCCAGGGUUUGUGUAAAGAGUAAAAAGCUUUUCCAAGUCCUGUAUUCACUCGUUUCACCAAUGGCUGAGGUCCCUCCUUUAUAAGCAGCUAUUUUGUUAUUGGAGCAGACGCCUUGCCUUGUCCACUUACCUUCUUUCAGGAUGGAGGACAGAGCCUGGACAAAUGUGGUUGGGACCUUGUGGCUGCGUCCCUCUGCCAGCUGGUUGGGACAGUCUAUUGGACCCUAGUUCUGAAGGUGGGGGAGGGGAGAAUGACUCAGGUAAAGGCCUCAGGGUGGAGUAGGGAGGUUCCUGCUGUGGCAGGUCCACGAAGGGUGUGGAGAAGGCACAGGUUGCUGUUGUAGUGGGAAUACAGAUGGGACAAUAAAGACUCGGAGACGUGCUUUCAUUGUA